UCUCAGAAGCGAUACCUAACGGUAUUGUGGAGGAGCUUAAACAUCUCUACCGACAUCGUGGUAGCCUACCCUACAUGUUGUUGGGUUUCACCUGUUGUCCGCGUUUUCAUUACUGGUGAGGAACCCUAUUAACAAAAGUGUCCGAACUAUAUCGGCAGUGUUUAGAGCGGAGAUUGUUUCAGGGCAAAGUAGACGAUAUUAAUGAAUGUCCUAGUAGAGCUGUGUGCCCUGACCGGGCAUGAAGAGAGAGUGUGGGGCGUGGCAUGGAACCCCACAGGAACAUUGCUAGCCUCAUGCAGCGGGGACAAGAGUGUCCGCAUCUGGGGGCAGGAGGGAGACAACUGGGUGUGCAAGACAGUCCUGACCGACGCCCACCAGCGGACAGUCCGGUCAGUGGCGUGGUCACCAUGCGGCAACUACCUGGCCAGUGCCAGCUUCGAUGCAACCACAUGUGUCUGGAGUCGGAAGGAAGGGGAGUUUGAGUGCAUUGCAACCCUUGAGGGCCACGAGAAUGAGGUGAAGUGUGUGGUGUGGGCCCCCACCGGAAACCUGCUGGCAACAUGCAGUCGUGACAAGAGUGUGUGGAUUUGGGAAGUGACAGAUGACGAGGAGUACGAGUGUGCCAGCGUGCUGAGCAUGCACACCCAGGACGUGAAGCACGUGGCCUGGCACCCCAACAAAGACAUCCUCGUCUCCUGCAGCUACGACGACACCAUCAAGUUUCUGAGAGAAGACAAUGAUGACUGGGCGUGUUGUGCCACCCUAGAGUCCCACGGCUCCACAGUGUGGGACAUUGCCUUCAACAAGUCAGGGACACGCCUAGCGUCAUGUAGUGAUGACAUGUCCGUGAAAGUCUGGCAGGAGUAUCUCCCUGGGAACAAGGAGGGCGUCGCCACCACAGGGCGUGACCCCACGUGGAAGUGUGUCUGUACCCUGUCUGGCUACCAUACGAGGUGUGUCUAUUCCAUAGACUGGAGUCACCUCACCGGGCAUAUCGCGACGGCAGCUGGUGACGAUGCAGUCCGCGUGUUUGUGGAGGAUGCAGGGUCGGAUCAGAACCAACCAAAUUUCAGUUUACUGACAACUGUUCAGGCGGCACAUUCACAGGAUGUCAACUGUGUGGCCUGGAACCCCAAAGUGGCAGGACUACUAGCAUCAUGCAGUGAUGACGGUUUUGUCAAGCUCUGGCGACUGACUGAACAGUGAUGAUGGCUCUGUCAAGCUCUAGUCACUGAACUGAUGGUCUGUCACCUGUGGAGGUGGGCCCUAACCCGUCACCUGUGGAGAUGGCUCUAACCCAUCACCUGUGGAGAUGUCUCUAACCCGUCACCUGUGGAGAUGGGCUCUAACCCGUCACCUGUGGAGAUAGCUCUAACCCAUCACCUGUGGAGAUGUCUCUAACCCGUCACCUGUGGAGAUGGGCUCUAACCCGUCACCUGUGGAGAUGGCUCUAACCCGUCACCUGUGGAGAUGGCUCUAACCCGUCACCUGUGGAGAUGGGCUCUAACCCGUCACCUGUGGAGAUGGGCUGUAACCCGUCACCUGUGGAAAUGGCUCUACCCCGUCACCUGUGGAGAUGGGCUGUAACCCGUCACCUGUGGAGAUGUCCUCUAACCCGUCACCUGUGGAGAUGGGCUCUAACCUGUGUAGAUGAAUGGUUCAGUUAACCAACACCAUGUAGACUUCAGUUUAUAACAGUCAGUAGGUUUCCUGAUAAGGGUGAGUGAGUGAAUAUGGUUUUACACCGCUUUUAGCAAUAUACCAGCAAUAUCCCGGCAGGGGACACCAGAAAUGGGCUUCACACAUUGUAAUGAUUGUACCCAUCUCAGGAAUUGAACCCGGGUCUUCGGCAUGACGAGCGAACGCUUUAACCACCAGGCUACCCGACUGCCACUCCUGAUAAGGGUUCCCUUUGCAUAUGAUAAUGAAGGAUAAUCAAAUGUGUUACUCACUGAAGUGGCAGCACAUUCCAGCCAUGGAUAUCAUCACAAUGUUUCUUGUAUUAUGCUCACUAUUACACUCCAGGCUCCACGCUCCAGGCUCCAGGCUCCAGGCUCCAGGCUCCAGGCUCCAGGCUCCACUACUGUACAUUAAUAAGAAGUUAGAGAUUAUCGAGGUCUAUCCUCAGAGAUAUUUUAUAUCCAAGCCAUGUUAUGUUUAUUGUUGAUAUGAAAAUAUCACAUAUGUAUGAUUUUGUUUGUAAUAUGUGCAUGGUUACAGUAUUUGUGAACAUAUAUUUCAUAAUGUUGUAUAAUAUUGUUAUUAAAUUAUAGAAGAUGGUGA